CCCUGGCUUUAGUCGGAAUUGCCAGGCAUGCGGAUCAGGCUGCAGGGCUCUGGCCACACGGGCCGUCUCCUCUCAGAGCUCAACCGCUGCCGUCUGUCUCGCCUCCUGUGCGACGUCGUCCUCCAGGUCGGAGGCCGUUCCUUCCCUGCUCAUCGUGUGGUGUUGGCAUGCUCUUGCAGGCACUUUAACAGCCUCUUCUCCAGAGGUUCUGGCAACCAGGGUGCUGUUCCCACCACUUUCUCUCUGGACUUUGUCUCUGCCGCCAAUUUCGAGAAGGUCUUGACUUUUAUCUACACGGGUGAGAUUUUCACAGACUUGAUCGAUGUGGGUGUGCUGUAUGAGUUGGCGGAAAGGCUUGGUGUGAGGGAGUUGGUGAACGCUUGCCAUACCACCUUUCCUGACCUGCAGAACUCCAGCUCUGGAGACGCGGUUGCCGAAGGGGAUUUGGAAAGCGAUUUGGUGUCGGCCAAUGCCGCGGCUGCGUCUGUUUGCUCGUCCUCUGCAGCAUCCUGCUCCUCGUUGUCUUCUUCAGCCGCUCCCACUCCUGUAACUCCAUCUCCGGUUUCUCAAGGCAGGAACGGCAGGUUGAAUCGCUCCCACUUGGCCACCCAAUCGCCAAAAAAUGAAGACUUGCAGGUACAUUUGGGUUACAAUCAACAGUUGACCAACAAGGCAAGUCCUUCGGACAGGAACCGUUCUACAGAUGCUCUUCCUGGACUGACUUUGCAGCUCAAGACUGAGCAGGAGGAUGAAGGAGAAGAUGCAGGAAGUAACUCAGUGGACCAGCUUGUUGUUAAUGGUAGCAAAUCAACGUUUGGGCCUCAGGAACCAUGUUCCGUCCCUGAUUCUUCAGCCCAGCUUGGAGGGGAAACCUGCGCCCCUUCGUCGUCCUCUAAUGACCCCUUGGACAGUUUGCAGCUGGGGGCCGUUGUGGGACCAAUCAAAGAUUCAGAUUUUUUUGAGGAAGAUGAUUCUAGGAAGAGGCACCGACUACAGGAAGAGCAGACGGAGGGCAGCGAUCAGUGGGGAGGACUUUCAGAAGACAUCAUUGAGCUGAGCGACGAGGAGGAGCACUUCAUUGUGGAGGAAGUGGACGACGAGGACUUGAUGUGCAUCGAGAAUGGAGAAAACGGGGCGUCUCUCAGGCAGCUGGCGUCAUCGCAGCCGUGCAAAUCCUGCGGGAUGCUACUUCCGGUGGAAAACGCUGUUAUACGAACUCAUGCUGAGACGCACCUCUCGGAAACGGGUUUGUGUCAGGUGUGUGGCGCCUCUUUCUCAGACCGAGCUGCUGCUGUCGCUCACGCCCUCACACAUGUGGGCAUCUUGCUCUUCUCCUGCGAUGUUUGUGAACAUCAGUUUCGGACUGAAUCUGCACUGAUUCACCACAGGCGUCAGUCAGCUGCCAAGUGCGCCUCUCAAAAUCCAGACCAACUGAACGGAGCCUCCCAACGACAAGGAGGGGAACUGCAGUGCACCAUCUGUGCU